AUGGGUUCAAAUCAAAGGAUAAAUUGGAUAAGGAUAAGGAUGAAUGAGUCCAAAUCAAGGAUUAAUGGGAUAAGGAUAAGGUCAAACUGGUGCAAUUCGAGGGUAAAUGGGUUAAAACUAGGAUGGAUGGGAUAAGGUUUAGGCCAAGGAUAUAAACCAUAAGGACCGUCUUAAUCAAAAGGAUAAUGGACUCAAGAUAAAUAAGAACAAGAAAAAUGCGUUGAGAUUACUUGUGCAGAUAAUUAGAUUGUUUUCAAAGAUAGAUGCGUAGCUUAGACUUGUGAAAACUUUGAUAAAGUUUAAGCUAAAUAAGAAGGUGGCUAGAAGAAACCUCCUUUGAAGUUUGAUUGA